UUCAACGAGCGCAUUUCUUCUUCAGCUCGUCGAACAGAACAGCGGAAUACUUCGCCGAGGGACGUUCGUUUGAGUGACGUUCGUUUGAUGGACAAUGGCGAUUUUCAUUGGUCUACUUAUUUCAUCAUUGUCUCUGUAUUGUGACUUCAUCGAUGCUGAGUGCCUGGUGAUCAGUCCUGCCAGGCUGGUGGUGAAGUAUGGAGACCCAGCCUCCUCUAACUGCAGCUCAGAUACCCCUGUAGAGAUGGGCUGGGAAGCCACCCAGGGAGGAGUUGGUCUAACAGACAACAAGGUGAAGAUCCUAAACUGGAAGGCGGACCGUGUGACUGACUGGAAGAUCAAACCUUCAUGCUUCACAGAAGGAGGCCAGUGUCAGAAACAGCUGAACAUCACAGUUUAUAAGCUUCCAGACAGUGUCUCCAUCAGCUACAGGAAGUACCCUGAUCCGAUGGUUGAGGGGCAUCAGUACCUGCUGCAGUGUCUUGUCCAGAACAUCGCUCCUAUUGGGAGCCUCAGGGUGACCUUCUUCAAAGUCUCUACCACUGGUGAACGGACAGAAUUAGACACACAACAGAAAUCCAAGGACAACAUCAAGACACCAGAGAAUGGGACCUACACCCUGGACUUCACCCCUGGUAGUGUUGACGACGGGGCCCAGUUGUUGUGUUCAGCCAUGUUGGAUCUGGGACCAGAGGGACCCCAACCUCCUCCUGUAAUGGACUCAAACUGCCUCAACACCAACGUGCACUACAAGCCUCAGAUCACUAGUCCUGGAUGUUUCUCCAUGAGCAUCACGGAGGCGACACCCUAUCACUUAACUGUAGUGCAAAUGGUAACCCUGCCCCCUCCUACAAUUGGUUGCUCCCCCAUGCCGACCCCAACACCAUGGAAGAGAGAUCCGUAGUGACCAUCACCAACAUAGCCAAGUCUCACUCUGGAGAUUACACCUGCAUCGCCAGAAACACCCUGGGAAAAAGCACCUGUACUGUUAACGUGGAAGUCACAGGAGCUUCCUGUCAGACUGCUGGAAGUGCCUUGGUGGCUGUGCUGCUCCUCCAACUCAUUCAUUGGCUUUAAGACCACUUCCUGAACCCACUGAUUGGCUGAAUACAUGUGCUUUUAUUUUUUUCUUCUUCAAAAUCCCUAACUGUGAUUGGUGGCUGUCUGUCCACUUUCUGCUAACUAUUGAUUAAUUUUUUUUUAAAUUAUUGAUUGAUUGAUAACCAUGACAACAAUACUUUGAUAAUAUUACCUUGUAACUUUAUGAUUUUGCCUUAAAUCAACAGUUUGGAUCCACCUACACAUUAAAGGGUUUUUCUUUAUUCGUACUAUUUUCUACAUUGUAGAAUAACAGUGAAGACAUCAACUAUUAUGCUGUACCAAUAGUAGGACACACCUACUAUUCCAUGGUUUCCAUGGUUUCUAUAUAUGUAUAUGUAUAUGUGUAUAUGUAUAUAUAUUUAUCAUGGAUUUAAUUCAUUUUACACCUACUAUUCCAUGGUUUCUAUAUGUGUAUAUAUAUCAUGGAUUUAAUUCAUUUUACAGUGUUAUUGCCUGUGUUUUAUUUCACUAUCUCUGACCAUUCGUGAUCUUCGUCAGCUAUGACACAUAAUACUUCACUUCACAUUUCCUUAUUAAGUGUUAUGGUGUCAGAUAACAUACAAUGAAACUAGACUUUUGUUAAUAUACAAAUGACCUUGUUCCAGAUGAGGAUGUUGUUCUGCACUAGUGUGUCAAUAGCAGGACAUCUUUGACUCUAGAUUACACCUACUAAUCAUAUUACAUUGUUUGGUGGGUAUGUUGUUCUGCACUAGUGUGUCAAUAGCAGGGCAUCUUUGACUCUGGAUUACACCUACUAAACAUAUUACAUUGUUUGGUGGGUAUGUUGUUCUGCACUAGUGUGUCAAUAGCAGGGCAUCUUUGACUCUGGAUUACACCUACUAAUCAUAUUACAUUGUUUGGUGGGUAUGUUGUUCUGCACUAGUAUGUCAAUAGCAGGGCAUCUUUGACUCUAGAUUACACCUACUAAUCAUAUUACAUUGUUUGGUGGGUAUGUUGUUCUGCACUAGUGUGUCAAUAGCAGGGCAUCUUUGACUCUGGAUUACACCUACUAAACAUAUUACAUUGUUUGCCAGAUCAGACGUUGUAUAUUAUUCUAAUCAUCCGAAUGUUCAUUGUAGGCAGUUGCUUUCAUUUCAGAGCGUCUAAUUUGUAAACGUUUUGACUGUAUUAAAUGAUAAUUUUGUCGA